AAGGCCAUCGUGGACGGGAACCUGAAGCUGAUCUUGGGCCUCAUCUGGACCCUGAUCCUGCACUACUCCAUCUCCAUGCCCAUGUGGGACGAGGAGGAGGAUGAGGAGGCCAAGAAGCAGACGCCCAAGCAGAGGCUCCUGGGCUGGAUCCAGAACAAGCUGCCGCAGCUGCCCAUCACCAAUUUCAGUCGCGACUGGCAGAGUGGCCGCGCCCUGGGCGCCCUUGUCGACAGCUGUGCCCCAGGCCUGUGUCCCGACUGGGACUCUUGGGACGCCAGCAAGCCCGUGAACAACGCGCGGGAAGCCAUGCAGCAGGCUGACGACUGGCUGGGCAUCCCUCAGGUGAUCACCCCUGAGGAGAUCGUGGACCCCAAUGUGGACGAACACUCUGUCAUGACCUACCUGUCCCAGUUCCCCAAGGCCAAGCUGAAGCCAGGGGCUCCCCUGCGACCUAAACUGAACCCAAAGAAAGCCCGAGCCUACGGGCCAGGCAUAGAGCCCACAGGCAACAUGGUGAAGAAGCGGGCAGAGUUCACGGUGGAGACCAGGAGUGCCGGCCAGGGGGAGGUGCUGGUGUACGUGGAGGACCCAGCUGGACACCAGGAGGAGGCAAAAGUUACCGCCAAUAACGACAAGAACCGGACCUUCUCUGUUUGGUAUGUCCCCGAGGUGACGGGGACUCAUAAGGUCACUGUGCUCUUUGCUGGCCAGCAUAUCGCGAAGAGCCCCUUUGAGGUGUACGUGGAUAAGUCACAGGGUGAUGCCAGCAAAGUGACCGCCCAAGGCCCUGGCCUGGAGCCCAGCGGCAACAUCGCCAACAAGACCACCUACUUUGAGAUCUUCACAGCAGGAGCUGGCACGGGCGAGGUGGAAGUCGUGGUCCAGGACCCUGCGGGACAGAAGGGCACGGUGGAGCCUCAGCUGGAGGCCCGGGGCGACAGCACAUACCGCUGCAGCUACCAGCCCACCGUGGAGGGCGUCCACACGGUGCACGUCACGUUCGCCGGCGUGCCCAUCCCUCGCAGCCCCUACACGGUCACUGUUGGCCAAGCCUGCAACCCAAGCGCCUGCCGGGCCGUGGGCCGAGGCCUCCAGCCCAAAGGUGUGCGGGUGAAGGAGACGGCCGACUUCAAGGUCUACACGAAGGGUGCUGGCAGCGGGGAGCUGAAGGUCACCGUGAAGGGCCCCAAGGGCGAGGAGCGCGUGAAGCAAAAGGACCUGGGGGAUGGCGUGUAUGGCUUCGAGUACUACCCCAUGGUCCCUGGCACCUACACCGUCACCAUCACAUGGGGUGGUCAGAACAUCGGGCGCAGUCCCUUCGAGGUGAAGGUGGGCACCGAGUGUGGCAAUCAGAAGGUGCGGGCCUGGGGCCCUGGACUGGAGGGCGGUGUUGUUGGCAAGUCAGCAGACUUUGUGGUGGAGGCCAUCGGGGAUGACGUGGGCACCCUGGGCUUCUCUGUGGAAGGCCCGUCACAGGCCAAGAUCGAAUGUGACGACAAGGGUGAUGGCUCCUGUGACGUGCGCUACUGGCCCCAGGAGGCAGGCGAGUACGCCGUUCACGUGCUGUGCAACAGCGAGGACAUCCGCCUCAGCCCAUUCAUGGCUGACAUCCGUGAUGCGCCCCAGGACUUCCACCCAGACAGGGUGAAGGCACGUGGACCUGGACUGGAGAAGACGGGUGUGGCAGUCAACAAGCCAGCAGAGUUCACGGUGGAUGCCAAGCACGGUGGCAAGGCCCCUCUCCGGGUCCAAGUCCAGGACAAUGAGGGCUGCCCUGUGGAGGCAUCGGUCAAGGACAAUGGCAAUGGCACUUACAGCUGCUCCUACGUGCCCAGGAAGCCGGUGAAGCACACGGCCAUGGUAUCCUGGGGAGGCGUCAGCAUCCCCAGCAGCCCCUUCAGGGUGAACGUGGGAGCUGGCAGCCAUCCCAACAAGGUCAAGGUGUAUGGCCCUGGAGUGGCCAAGACAGGGCUCAAGGCCCACGAGCCCACCUAUUUCACUGUGGACUGCACUGAGGCUGGCCAGGGCGACGUGAGCAUCGGCAUCAAGUGUGCCCCUGGAGUGGUGGGCCCUGCUGAGGCCGACAUUGACUUUGACAUCAUCCGCAAUGACAAUGACACCUUCACAGUCAAGUACACGCCCCGUGGGGCUGGCAGCUACACCAUUAUGGUUCUCUUUGCUGACCAGGCCACACCCACCAGCCCCAUCCGGGUCAAGGUGGAGCCCUCCCAUGAUGCCAGCAAGGUGAAGGCUGAGGGCCCUGGCCUCAGUCGCACUGGUGUCGAGCUCGGCAAACCUACCCAUUUCACGGUCAAUGCCAAAGCCGCUGGCAAAGGCAAGCUGGAUGUCCAGUUCUCAGGGGUAGCCAAGGGAGAUGCGGUGCGAGAUGUGGAUGUCAUUGACCACCACGACAACACCUACACAGUCAAGUACACUCCUGUGCAGCAGGGCCCAGUGGGUGUCAAUGUCACUUACGGAGGGGAUCCUAUCCCCAAGAGCCCCUUCUCAGUGGGAGUGUCUCCAAGCCUGGACCUCAGCAAGAUCAAGGUGUCUGGCCUGGGAGAGAAGGUGGAUGUUGGCAAAGACCAGGAGUUUACAAUCAAGUCCAAGGGUGCUGGUGGCCAAGGCAAAGUGUCAUCGAAGAUCGUGGGCCCCUCCGGUGCAGCGGUGCCCUGCAAGGUGGAGCCGGGCCUGGGGGCUGACAACAGCGUGGUGCGCUUCGUGCCCCGUGAGGAGGGGCCCUAUGAGGUGGAGGUGACCUAUGACGGUGUGCCUGUGCCCGGCAGCCCCUUUCCUCUGGAAGCCGUGGCCCCCACCAAGCCUAGCAAGGUGAAGGCAUUUGGGCCAGGGCUGCAGGGGGGCAGUGCAGGCUCCCCUGCCCGCUUCACCAUCGACACCAAGGGCGCUGGCACAGGUGGCCUGGGCCUGACAGUGGAGGGCCCCUGCGAGGCUCAGCUUGAGUGCCUGGACAAUGGGGACGGCACAUGCUCUGUGUCCUACGUGCCCACUGAGCCCGGGGACUACAACAUCAACAUCCUGUUUGCUGAUACCCACAUCCCUGGCUCCCCGUUCAAGGCCCACGUCGUUCCCUGCUUUGACGCAUCCAAAGUCAAGUGCUCAGGUCCUGGGCUGGAGCGGGCCACUGCUGGGGAGGUAGGCCAGUUCCAAGUGGACUGCUCAAGCGCAGGCAACGCAGAGCUGACCAUCGAGAUCCGCUCAGAGGCGGGGCUGCCAGCUGAGGUGUACAUCCAGGACCAUGGUGACGGCACUCACACUAUCACCUACGUUCCCCUCUGCCCUGGGGCCUACACCGUCACCAUCAAGUAUGGUGGCCAGCCUGUGCCCAACUUCCCCAGCAAGCUGCAGGUGGCGCCUGCAGUGGACACCUCUGGCAUCCAGUGCUAUGGGCCUGGGAUUGAGGGCCAAGGCGUCUUCCGCGAGGCCACCACUGAGUUCAGUGUGGAUGCCCGGGCUCUGACCCAGACUGGAGGGCCCCACGUCAAGGCCCGUGUGGCCAACCCCUCAGGCAACCUGACGGAAACCUACGUGCAGGACUGCGGUGAUGGCAUGUACAAAGUGGAAUACACGCCUUAUGAGGAGGGACUCCAUUCUGUGGACGUGACUUACGACGGCAGCCCUGUACCCAGCAGUCCCUUCCAGGUGCCUGUGACUGAAGGCUGUGACCCCUCCCGGGUGCGUGUCCAUGGGCCAGGCAUCCAAAGUGGUACCACAAACAAGCCCAACAAGUUCACUGUGGAGACCAGGGGAGCUGGCACAGGGGGCCUGGGCCUGGCUGUGGAGGGCCCCUCUGAGGCCAAGAUGUCCUGCACGGAUAACAAGGACGGAAGCUGCUCAGUCGAGUACAUCCCCUACGAGGCUGGCACCUAUAGCCUUAACGUCACCUAUGGCGGUCACCAGGUGCCAGGCAGCCCCUUUAAGGUCCCUGUGCACGAUGUGACAGAUGCAUCUAAAGUUAAGUGCUCUGGGCCUGGCUUGAGUCCAGGCAUGGUCCGCGCCAACCUCCCUCAGUCCUUCCAGGUGGACACAAGCAAGGCUGGUGUGGCCCCGCUGCAGGUCAAAGUGCAGGGGCCCAAAGGCCUGGUGGAGCCGGUGGAUGUGGUGGACAACGCUGAUGGCACCCAGACCGUCAACUACGUGCCCAGCCGAGAAGGGCCCUACAGCAUCUCAGUGCUGUACGGAGACGAAGAGGUGCCCCGCAGCCCCUUCAAGGUCAAGGUGCUGCCUACACAUGAUGCCAGCAAGGUGAAGGCCAGCGGCCCCGGGCUCAACACCACCGGCGUGCCUGCCAGCCUGCCCGUGGAGUUCACCAUUGACGCAAAGGAUGCCGGAGAGGGCUUGCUGGCUGUCCAGAUCACGGACCCUGAAGGGAAGCCGAAGAAGACACACAUUCAAGACAACCAUGAUGGCACAUACACGGUGGCCUAUGUGCCGGAUGUGACAGGCCGCUAUACCAUCCUCAUCAAGUAUGGCGGCGACGAGAUCCCAUUCUCCCCGUACCGAGUGCGUGCCGUGCCCACCGGGGAUGCCAGCAAGUGCACAGUCACGGGUGCUGGCAUCGGCCCCACCAUCCAGAUUGGGGAGGAAACGGUGAUCACUGUGGACACAAAGGCAGCGGGCAAAGGCAAGGUGACAUGUACCGUGUGCACACCUGACGGCUCAGAGGUGGAUGUAGAUGUGGUGGAGAAUGAGGAUGGCACCUUUGACAUCUUUUACACGGCUCCCCAGCCGGGCAAAUACGUCAUCUGUGUGCGCUUUGGUGGCGAGCAUGUGCCCAACAGUCCCUUCCAAGUGACGGCUCUGGCUGGGGACCAGCCCGUGGCGCAGACCCCGUUACGGUCUCAGCAGCUGGCCCCACAGUACACCUACGCCCAGGGCGGCCAGCAGACCUGGGCCCCAGAAAGGCCCCUGGUAGGUGUCAAUGGGUUGGAUGUGACCAGCCUGAGGCCCUUUGACCUCGUCAUCCCCUUCACCAUCAAGAAGGGCGAGAUCACUGGAGAGGUUCGGAUGCCUUCGGGCAAGGUGGCACAGCCUGCCAUCACCGAUAACAAGGACGGCACCGUGACUGUGCGCUAUGCACCCAGCGAGGCUGGCCUACAUGAGAUGGACAUCCGCUAUGACAACAUGCACAUCCCAGGAAGCCCCUUGCAGUUCUAUGUGGACUAUGUCAACUGUGGCCAUGUCACUGCCUAUGGACCUGGCCUCACCCACGGUGUGGUCAACAAGCCUGCUACCUUCACUGUCAACACCAAGGAUGCGGGAGAGGGUGACGACUCCAUGCGGAUGUCCCACCUAAAGGUGGGCUCAGCCGCGGACAUCCCCAUCAACAUCUCAGAGACGGACCUCAGCCUGCUGACGGCCACUGUGGUGCCGCCCUCAGGCCGGGAGGAGCCCUGUCUACUGAAGCGACUGCGUAAUGGCCACGUGGGGAUUUCAUUCGUGCCCAAGGAGACAGGGGAGCAUCUGGUGCAUGUGAAGAAGAAUGGUCAGCAUGUGGCAAGCAGCCCCAUCCCAGUGGUGAUCAGCCAGUCAGAGAUUGGGGAUGCCAGCCGUGUUCGGGUCUCGGGCCAGGGCCUCCAUGAAGGCCACACCUUUGAGCCUGCGGAGUUUAUCAUCGACACUCGAGAUGCAGGCUAUGGUGGACUCAGCCUGUCCAUUGAGGGGCCCAGCAAGGUGGACAUCAACACAGAGGACCUGGAGGACGGCACAUGUAGAGUCACCUACUGCCCCACAGAGCCCGGCAACUACAUCAUCAAUAUCAAGUUCGCUGACCAGCAUGUGCCUGGCAGCCCCUUCUCUGUGAAGGUGACAGGCGAGGGCCGGGUGAAAGAGAGCAUCACACGCAGGCGACGGGCCCCUUCAGUGGCCAACGUUGGCAGUCAUUGUGACCUCAGCCUGAAGAUCCCUGAAAUUAGCAUCCAGGACAUGACAGCCCAGGUGACCAGCCCAUCAGGCAAGAGCCAUGAAGCCGAGAUUGUGGAAGGGGAGAACCACACCUACUGUAUCCGCUUUGUGCCUGCCGAAAUGGGCACACAUACAGUCAGCGUCAAGUACAGGGGCCAACAUGUGCCUGGGAGCCCCUUCCAGUUCACUGUGGGGCCCCUGGGGGAAGGGGGUGCCCAUAAGGUCCGAGCAGGCGGCCCUGGCCUGGAGAGGGCCGAAGCCGGAGUGCCAGCCGAAUUCAGCAUCUGGACCAGGGAAGCUGGCGCUGGGGGCCUGGCCAUUGCUGUCGAGGGCCCCAGCAAGGCAGAGAUCUCCUUCGAGGACCGCAAGGAUGGCUCCUGUGGCGUGGCUUAUGUGGUGCAGGAGCCAGGUGACUACGAGGUCUCAGUCAAGUUCAACGAGGAGCACAUCCCUGACAGCCCCUUCGUGGUGCCUGUGGCUUCUCCGUCUGGCGACGCCCGCCGCCUUACUGUUUCUAGUCUUCAGGAGUCAGGGCUAAAGGUCAACCAGCCAGCCUCUUUUGCAGUCAGCCUGAACGGGGCCAAGGGGGCAAUCGAUGCCAAGGUACACAGCCCCUCAGGAGCUCUGGAGGAGUGCUAUGUCACAGAGAUUGACCAAGAUAAGUAUGCUGUGCGCUUCAUCCCACGCGAGAAUGGCGUUUACCUGAUUGAUGUCAAGUUCAAUGGCACUCACAUCCCUGGAAGCCCCUUCAAGAUCCGAGUUGGGGAGCCUGGGCAUGGAGGGGACCCAGGCCUGGUGUCUGCCUAUGGAGCAGGCCUGGAAGGUGGUGUCACAGGGAGCCCAGCCGAGUUUAUUGUGAACACAAGCAAUGCGGGAGCUGGUGCCCUGUCGGUGACCAUCGACGGCCCCUCCAAGGUGAAGAUGGAUUGCCAGGAGUGCCCUGAGGGCUACCGUGUCACCUAUACUCCCAUGGCACCUGGCAGCUACCUCAUCUCUAUCAAGUAUGGCGGCCCCUACCACAUUGGGGGCAGCCCCUUCAAGGCCAAAGUCACAGGCCCCCGUCUCGUCAGCAACCACAGCCUCCAUGAGACAUCAUCCGUUUUUGUGGACUCCCUGAACAAGGCUACUGGCACCCCCCAGCAUGGAGCCCCAGGCCCAGGCCCUGCUGACGCCAGCAAGGUGGUGGCCAAGGGUCUGGGGCUGAGCAAGGCCUACGUGGGCCAGAAGAGCAGCUUCACAGUAGACUGCAGCAAAGCAGGCAACAACAUGCUGCUGGUGGGGGUCCACGGCCCAAGGACACCCUGUGAAGAGAUCCUGGUGAAGCACGUGGGCAGCCGGCUGUACAGUGUCUCCUACCUGCUGAAGGACAAGGGAGAGUACACGCUGGUGGUCAAGUGGGGCGACGAGCACAUCCCAGGCAGCCCCUACCGGGUCGUGGUCCCCUGAGCCUGUGCCUACGCCAGAGGCAGCUCCCAUGACAAGUGUCCUUAUGCCUGCCCACUACCUGAGCAUCCCCAUCCCUCAACCCUGGCCCUCCUGGACUGCCCUGGCCACCUGUCACCGCAGCUGCCCCUGCCCUGCGCUCACCUGCCUCUCCCAACUGACCACGGGCCUCUUGGCUUUCACUUGGGCAGAGGAAGCCAUUUGGUGGUACCACCUGU